AAAAUUCCUCUUCCAGCCAAAACCAGAAAGAACGUCCAUCUCUGUCACUCUGCGCUAUUGAAUCAGCUUUCACAGGACAGUGCAUACAUAGUUACCGAUUCCAUCUCUUUCUCUUUCCGCAGUUACAUAUCCCCGUUAAGAGAAAGUUUAACUUUUUUGUUUUUUUGGUUUAAUUUUCAUAUGUUAUUCCUCCACAUCACGGUGCUUCUCUUCAUUCUACUCGAGAUUUAUUCUUAGACCUUGCAAAUCGUUUCCUCAGUAUCUCUUUCUUUGCGAACAUUCUGGGUUUUGGUUUAGACCCAGAAAACCGAGAGAUUAUUCUAUUCUAAAUUGAAAGUUGUUUACUUUUUCAUCAACUGUUCGAGAAAAUGACUGUGGAAACCAGAACGGAUGAACCCAGAGGACAAUUUCCUGUGGGAAUGCGUGUUCUUGCUGUUGACGAUGACCCAACUUGUCUCUUGGUGUUGGAAACUCUCCUUCGGAGAUGCCAAUAUCACGUAACAACGACCAAUCAGGCAAUAACAGCUUUGAAGAUGCUAAGAGAAAACAAAAACAAGUUCGACCUGGUUAUUAGUGAUGUUCAUAUGCCUGACAUGGACGGAUUUAAGCUUCUUGAGCUUGUCGGUCUCGAGAUGGACCUACCUGUCAUAAUGUUGUCUGCAAAUGGCGACACCAAGCUGGUGAUGAAGGGCAUUACACAUGGGGCUUGCGACUAUCUUCUGAAACCUGUUCGAAUUGAGGAGCUAAAGAACAUUUGGCAGCAUGUGAUCAGGAGGAAGAAAUUUGACUCAAAGGAGAAAAACAGUACUUGCAAUCAAGACAGGCCUCAUUCUGGUAGUGCUAACAAUGGAUUAGGUUCAGCAGGAGCUGGGUCUACUGAUCAAAAUGGAAAGAUCACCAAGAAAAGGAAGGAUCAGGAUGAUGAAGAUGAUGAUGAGCAUGAGCAUGGUCAUGACAACGAUGAUCCUUCAGCACAGAAGAAGCCUCGUGUUGUUUGGUCUGUCGAGCUCCACAGAAAGUUUGUUGCUGCUGUUAAUCAAUUAGGCAUUGACAAGGCCGUGCCUAAAAAAAUUCUGGAUUUGAUGAAUGUUGAGAAACUCACAAGGGAGAACGUGGCAAGCCAUCUCCAGAAAUAUAGGCUGUAUCUGAAGAGGAUCAGCUGUGUAGCGAACCAGCAGGCUAAUAUGGUGGCGGCCUUAGGCAGUACGGAUGCAUCCUAUUUGAGAGUGGGAUCUCUGGGUGGGUUGAAACAUCUUCAGCCACUGAGUGCUUCUGGGCAGUUUCAGAACAAUGUUUAUCGGUCCCUCCCGUAUAGUGGGAUGAUUGGAAGACUGAACACUCCUGCUGGUCUUGGUGUUCAUGGAUUGUCAUCAUCAGGAGUUCUUCAGUUGGGUCAUCCGCAGAAUUUAAACAACUCCUCCAUGAAUGAUCCUCUCAAGUUCCAGUCAUCCAUUGCUCAUGUCAGCCAGAAUCAGAAUAGUGGGUCGCUUCAGGGCAUGCCAGUUUCUGGAGGGCUUGACCAGUUACAAGCCAAUAAGGUUGUCAGUUCUGUUCAAGGUCCUACCACUGGUUUUGAUGAUAAAACAAUGUCUCUCAUCUCAAACAAGUUGCCUGAUCCAAGAGCUAGAGUGAACUCUAGUUGCUCUAGAUCUCCACUUGCGGGUAUCGCGACCAACAGCUUGUUAGAACGAAAUUCUCAAGACACUCAAGGUGGGAGAGGAUAUGAGAAUCUUGCUUCAGUAGCGUCUCAACAUUCAGACUUCUCUUUGCCUUUGAUGGAUAAUCAUAGUGGUAGGUGUAAUGAUAAUUGGCCGAGCGCUGUGCAGUCAUCAGGGAUGCCCACUAAUUCUUACCCAACAAAUGAUUGUCUUCAUGGAGGGAGUACAAGUGGUGCUUCUGCCAUCACUUCACUAUCCACUAGGACCCAUGAUUCAUUGGCAGAUAUGCAAUCCCAUGGACCCAUUUUCACUAAUAACAACACAGUAAACGUGGCUUAUCAAGGAUGGGAGGAGCAUUCAUUAGACUCUUUGAUUCCUGUAAAUGGUGCUGUUGAUGCACCAGGAUUACACAGAAACUUGGACUACAGUUUUGGCAAUCCCUUAGAAAUGAAGCAUGAGGGGUUCACAAAAUCAGCCGGAGAUCCCUCUCUGAAACCAAAUCAAGGAUAUAUCAUGGACCCCCAUAAGGCACAACGGAGUCACAUCUCUAAUAAUGUCGGUUCAUUGGAGGACUUAGUCAGUGCAAUGAUGAAACAGGAGCAAGACUUCAUGUGUGAUGAUUUCACUGAUGGAACAUCUAUUUGAUGAAGCAAAGUUUGGCAGCAUAAGCAUCGUGCUUGUUGAGUUUUGUAGCGUGAAGUUCAAAUCACUGUUCCCUUUGUUUCUACUUUCGUCUCGGAAAGGUCCUUUUUCGUUUAGUUUAGCUUUGUUUAGAUCAUUACUUCCAGGAUUGUGUUUUCUCAUUGUAUGGAAAUGCAUUGUUGGCUGUGGGCCCCACAAUCCAUUCUGGAGUUAACUAUGUCGUUUGCGGAGACAUGCUUUGCUAGCAAAUUUUUGAAGGGAUCCACAAAAUAAGAUGAUUAAGCUGAAUCAAAGAUGGGAAUGAUUGUGUUGUCCCAUUGUAGGACAUGAAUUUAUUAUUAUAGUAAUAAGUCACUGCUUGUAUAAUAGCUUUAUUUAGCCCUGUGCAUCAGAAAUAAAGAUGUUGUAAUGACUAAUAUGUCUGCUUUCAUC